AUGGCACCCCUCUCGUGCCGCCUCGCAGCAGCCGGCCGAGUCAGUCGCCAAUGGCAGACCAAAACUCUACGCCAUCCCAUCCGGCCCACCGCAGCGCAAACCGUUCCUCCCAGAUUCCUCGGCCACCGCUUUGCCUCCAACACCACCACCAGCACCAGCAGCAGCACCACCACCACCACUACAGAGACCGCCGCCACCGACGCCCGCUCCCUCGUCACCCGCCUCAAAAACCUCCUCUUCGGCUCCUCCAUCGCCCUCUUCCUCACCUUCAGCUACCUCUACUUCACGGAUACCCGCGCAGGCAUCCACAAAUGGUUUGCCGUACCGAUGAUACGGUAUCUAUACCCGGACGGCGAAGACGCACAUCAUGCUGGAACCAAAAUCCUCAAGGUACUACACAGCUUCGGCAUGCACCCGCGCGAGCGCGGGAACCCGGAUGGCGCGGGAGAUCUGAGGGUCGAGGUGUUUGGCCAUGCGCUGGACAACCCGAUCGGCACCUCGGGGGGACUGGACAAGGAUGCUGAGAUCCCCAGCCCGUUGCUUGCGCUCGGGCCGGCGGUUGUGGAGGUCGGCGGGACGACGCCGCUGCCGCAAGAGGGGAACCCCAAGCCCCGCGUUUGGAGAAUUCCGAGCCAGAAUGCGAUGAUUAAUCGGUAUGGGCUCAAUUCAGAGGGGGCAGACACGGUGGCCAUGAGGUUACGGCAACGGGUCAGGGAGUUUGCGUAUAGGAUUGGGUUGGGACUUGACGAGGAGGCGGAGAGGAUGGUGCUGGAUGGCGAGGCGGGCGUGCCGCCGGGGAGCUUGGUGGAGGGGAAGCUGUUGGCCGUGCAGGUCGCGAAGAACAAGACGACGCCGGACCAGGAUAUUGAGGCUGUUAAGAGGGACUACACUUUCUGCGUUGAUCGGCUGGCGAAGUACGCGGAUAUUGUCGUGGUCAACGUCUCUAGUCCGAACACGCCAGGCCUGAGGACGCUGCAAAGCGUAGAGCCGCUCACGCAAAUCCUAACGGGAGUUGUCGAGGCGGCGAAGUCAAUUGAAAGAAAAACCAAGCCCGCUGUCAUGGUCAAAGUCAGCCCCGACGAAGACACCGACGACCAGAUCGCCGGCAUCUGCGAAGCCGUCUGGAACUCAGGCGUGGACGGCAUCAUUGUCGGCAACACCACCAAGAAAAGACCAGACCCGUUGCCCAAAGGCUUCGUCUUGCCGCCGAAAGAGGCAAGCGCGAUAGCUGAGCAGGGUGGGUACUCCGGCCCGCAGAUGUUCGAUAGGACGUUGGCGCUCGUGAAGCGGUACCGCCGAUUACUUGAUGAAGGCCCGGCAAAAGGCGGUCUGGAGAAAUCGCUCGCUCCCAAAAUCAUCUUCGCUAGCGGUGGUAUCGUGAACGGCAGGCAGGCGAUUGAGAUCCUGAAUGCUGGCGCAAGCAUUGCGAUGGUUUAUACAGCAAUUACAUAUGGUGGAGUUGGCACGAUCAGCAGGUACGUAGACACGACGAACACCUUCUACGCGUUACUCAGGGUUGCUGAUCUUCUUCUCUACAGGAUAAAAGAAGAGAUGCGAGACGUGAUACGAUAA